AUAUUUUUUUAUUUUACAGAGUUGAAAAGUAUUUAACCUACAUGCUGCACAUACUCUUUUAAUUUUUACCGUAACUCUAAAUGGACACUGAGCCAGGUCUAAAGGCUAAAACUAAUUUGAAGAAUCCCAAAACGUACCCGUAAACCGCACUUAUUUCGGAAGGAUAGUGUAUUUAUCGCCUUGGAUUGCACCAGGGCACAUUGAAGACUUAUCAACUUGACCAGCCAUAUGCUCUGUCACCGCUCCUGCAUUGUCAUUGCAGAACACAGCAAAAAGGCGUGGGUUUCGUAACGUUACUCAGCGCUCAGGGCCGAACGCUGCAAGGCAUGACAUCCUGCAAGCCAGUAUAAGCGAGAAAAAAAAACAGAUUUCAUCAAUUUACCUCACUCUCCGCGGGCCCGGCCCAGCCGAGCGCGGAGGUCAAGCAGUGCGAACGAACGCCACCCUGCGAAUGCCGUUUGCAGAGGCGGCUGCAAGUGGCAUGCAAAAGCCAGUGUUGCAAUGCAAGUCAGUUCCAGCUCAGCGACGAAUCGAGAUUCGGACGACCAUGAAACGGUUAUUGCCUGUUUCCGAACGCUGAUAGAUUUCAAGCAAUGCAAACUCGACAUAGAAUAGGAUGAAUAUUUCACGAAAGAAUUCUUAUUGCAAACUGCGCGAGUCGGGUGGUUUCGCCGAGAAACAAAGCACAAACACAUUUCGUCUUCAUCCCAAACUCUGGCCGACACUUCGAUCUCUUCUUCAACACCAAAUAGCGAGAGCCGCCUGCCCCAAUCCUCCAGGUAACACGGGCGACCUAUACCGGAAGUCGGAUACCUGGGACCGACCGUAAGGCAUCUCACGAGUCGCCCCGGCUCUAUCCGGUUCCCCUUUCAAACCGACCGCCACCGUGGGAGCGUAGACUCGCCGCGAGUGACUCGACGCCAUCGGCGCCGGCCGCGCCGACUAGCGAGCGGACCGGGCGGCCGCCAGGUGUGCCGGUCGGCGGCGGCGGCGGCGGCGGCGGCGGCAGCGGUGGCGUCAGUUCACAGGUGUCAGCCAUCGGGGUGGCGCGUGCGUCCUGUCAGCGACGGUCGUCCAGGGCGACGCUCGGCGCGGGUGACGGCCUCGGGAUGUGUGCGGCGCGACGCCAGCGGUGUCGACUGACCAUUCAGUGACGAAGCGGCCACGAGGAGGUGGCAAGGUGGUUACGAGGUUGUCAACCACCCAGUGACGGAGAAGUGACAACUCCGCGGUUAGUGAGUGAUUGAGUGCAAAGUGACGAGCGGCUCUGCCGUCGCUUGCCGAGGUAGGGUGACCUAUUGACGAGGCAGUGACAGGUCCCUCACGAGACGGUCUCGACUCUCGAGCCACUCACGAGUCGCGUGACACGAUGGCGAACCAGGCCGACUACCUGGAGGAAUACAUCAGUGCGAUGGAGUCCCGGGACGAGCCGGAAUCUGGCGACGUUUACUCCCAGCUGCGGCAGAAGGAGAACGAUCUGGUGCUGGCCGCCGAGCUCGGCAAGGCACUGCUCGAGAAAAAUGAGGCCCUCAGCAUGGAGAACGAACGCAUGGCGGAGGAUUACUCCAAACACCUCGAGGAGCUGGAGCAGGAGAAGCACACCCUCCGCCGAAAGAUGACGACCAUGGAGAGCGAAUACGAAACCCAGAUACUCCAGCUACAGUCCGACCUCGGCACGCUCAAACAAGAGAUGGAGGAGGAACACCACUCGGGGAAGAACGCCGCCAAGCAGCGCUCCCAGAUCAUCUCAGAGAUUACCGAGCAGAACCAGCGGCUCACCCGGCAACUGCGAGACGCCAUCAAGAACGAGGAGCAGCUGAACCUGCAGUUGCAGCAGAUGCGGAGUCAGCAGGACCUGCGGCGAUCCAGCAUCAACGAUCACAUGUCACACAUGGAGAUUAUGCGAGACGAGAUAAACAUCCUGACUGACAAGCGUCUAGAGCUGGAGCGGCGGGUACAGUCACUGCUGGAGGAGCGGGAGACGCUGACAUCGCAGCUGGACGAGGCCUCAGAGCGGGUGCUGCUUCUGGAGCGAAUCGGCCGGGAGCAGAGCGGCCAGCUGCGGCAGACGCAAAGAGAGGUGGGCGAGCUAGCGGCGACCAACACGUCUCUGACGGACCGACUGGAGGUGCUGAGCCGUCACUCGAGUCCCAGCACGGCUCACACCAGCCUGAUGAACGAACUGGACAUGUCGGCCGAUGAGGGCAUUAGCUCCGGCUCUCACCUACAAACAGAGAACCUUCUGAACCUCGACGACGACGUCGAAUGCGACGAGCCUCUGGUGCCCCAGACCGACGCCCAGGUGCUACGCGAGCUCAAGAAGGAGGUGCUGGAUGUGUGCCAGCAGAUGAAGACGCUGACGGAGCGCAGCAGGGGUGCGCAGAGGAACUCACUCACAUCUCUGGAUACCAACUCGUCAGAUGAUGUGCCCCUGCAUAAGGUUAAGGCUGGACUACUCCAGGAGGCGUUCAAGGAGCUCCAGGGUCGCGUUCACGACCUUCUCCGGCCACGGACCGGUGCGUGUGAGACGUGCGGCCGCGACUCUCAGCUUCAGAUGGAGAUUGACCUUCACGCGGUGCAGGAAAAGUACGACGCCUUGGAGAAGAGGCACGGCCAGCAGUCGGAGACGCUCAAACGCCAGGCCGAGGAGCUGUCCAGACACAUGCACCAGCUGACGAUGAAGGAGAAGCAGUAUGACGCCCUGAAGGAGGAGAGGGACAUCCUGAAGGAGGAUCUGAACAGCACACACCUCUCCAAGGAGGAGCUCAUCAAAAAGGCGUGGGAGGUGCGAGAUAAGGCUGUGGCUCGGAAGAACGCCACAGAGAUCGACCUGGCGCGCGCGAGAAUCGACGUGAUGCAGAUCAAUUCUCAGCUGCUCGAGUCGAUUCAGCAGAAGGUGGAGCUCUCGUGCCAGCUGGAUCAGUGGCAGUCGGACAUGCAGCAGCUGCUGGACGAACAGAUGAAGAAGAAGCUCAGCCAGAUCGAGGGCGCCUCCGACUCCGACUCCAGCACCACCGGCGCCACCACGCCGGGCAGACACAAAAAAUCCAUCCUGGGCAUUUUCAGUCGCUCGUAGCGCCGCCGCGCGGGCAGACUGGAACCUUACGUGUAAUAUUCACCGCUGGGUGGCGCCGCGGUCGGCCGCCCGGCGGCGACCGCCCCUCGCCCAGAGGACCAUGUGAUAUGUGGAACAUUCCAUGACGAUAUGACUAUUGUGCUUGAAAUGUGUGCGCUGCUGAUGUGUCUUUCUCCUGCGGGGGAUGAUCUGAGGUCGAGUUUGCCGUUAUGGAGGUAUAUUUUCGGAAUGUUGUGAGCGGCUGAUGAGUUGUGACACACGUUCAGACCAUGGACGUUCAACCUCCGUCGGACGCAGGGUGACUUCUUCCACGGACGAGGAGUGCCUAUCCGAGCUGGUGUGUCGGCCGCUGCUGGCCGUUUCUGAGGCUGCAGUGUUCGAUGGGCGCUCGUGGCGGCGUCGGUACAGCAAUAGGAGGCUGCAGCUGGGCUCACGGUGCUGCCGGGAUGCGGCUGGGCCCGCCCCUAUAGGUCUCUGCCUCCGAUAUGGUGUCGCAUUUGUCACUGGCCGUGCCUCUAUUGCAUUAAACUCUCGUCACGCCUCGUCGGUCGGACACGUCAGUAAAUCCACGCCUAAAUUGACCGAGAUGGGCACAUGGCAUCGGUGCGGUGUCCGCUGGCGGCGUAGAUGUAACAAUGUAGCUUUGUAUGAGAAAUACACUGGCUAGCUCUGCACA